AAUAUAAUAUUUAGUUAUUGUAUAUUAAUUUUAAAACCCACAGCAGCCAAGCAAUUUACAUUUCCCAUCUAGUCUAGGAACAGAUGACCUACCCAAGAAGAGCUAUUCCUUCCCAGAACAUCAUGAGAACUCUACAAAAGAUGAAAAGGACUUUCAGUAUCAGGAGUUAAUUUAUUCCUUGUGUUCUUUCCCAGUGUGGCUCACUACUAUCGUACUAGGUCCCUUGUGUCUUUAUGGGGAUAAUGCACCUCUGCUUUGGGGGAAUUUUUUGUAACAACCUCAUUACAUUCCUUUUAUGAAAGCCAAUUAACUUUUACUAAUUCGAGUUGGUAAUGAACUCCUACUCUUGUGGAGGGUCAAGAGCUAUAAUGCUAGAAGCCAUAACCCCUCAAGAUUAUCCAAAUAUCCAUGAUGGGGAAUAAUAGCUAGCAAUACUUUCAAUGGAGCCCAACUCAUUAGCAUAAUUAAUCAAUUGAGGGAGUGACCCUAGAAAGGGUUCCAUAUAGGUUUGUUUUUUAAACCAUCACCUUCCAUCUUAGAAUUAAUCCAAAGUAUCAGUUCCAAGGCAGAAGAGUGAUAAGGAUUAGGCAAUUGGGGUCAAGUGACUUGCCUAAGGUCACACAGAUAGGAGGUGUCUGAGGCUAGAUUUGAACUCAGGAUCUCCCAUCCAUUGAGCCAGCCCCUUGCCCCACUACACAGGUUUUUAAGAUUUAUAAAGCAUGUCUACUUUAGUUGAUCCUCAUGAGAGCUUUGUGAAAUAGUUAUUUUAUAGAUGAGGGACACAAGGCUCAUAUAUUGCUCAGGGUUAAAAAUUUGGGAGGCAGAUUUCAAACUCUGAUUUUUUCCUGAUUCUGAGACCAGAACUCUUUUUUCUCUCUCAUGCUGCCUCUCUUUUAAGUUUUGAACAAUCUGAGAUAUAAUGUUGGCCUCAAAAAAUUAUAGUAUUUCAGAUUAUAGGCUCUGGGACCUGAGAGUAGCAGAAAAAUGUAUCAAACACCAGCUGUCCCAUGUCACUAUCCAGCAGAUCUAAUAACUAUGCCCAUAUUUGUUGAAGCUAACUCUUUAACAUUCAUCAUGCAGUCCAUGACAUGGCUAUGCAAGGGAGGAUAUAUUUGUUCACCCAGGAGGCUUCUUGGACCUACUACUCCACUGCACAGUUCUGAUCGCAAAAGCAGAUACUAAGGAUGGAGAAGAGGUCUCGAAGCUCCUCCAGAGAGUCCCCUAAGCAAAACAGAAGCCCUCCACGUAAGAACAAAAGAGGAAAGUCAGAUAAAAAGGAUCAACGUAACGGUCGAGAUACUGAACAGGAGAAGCAGAAUUCUAAGAAGAGGAAAGGAAAGGAGGACACGGACAAUGUGACUCUCAUAGAGACAGAUAACAGAAUCCAGACUUCCACCGUGGUGGAUGUAGAUGAUGUCAUGGGCUCCUUGGAAGAUGAAACUGAGGUGAUGGCCCUGUUCGAAAGUGAACAACAGGAAGAAGGUAUAAAAUCAUCUCAUCUAGGAAUGUGUGAGUGGCUUCUCAUCAUCUUGUCCCUACUGCUCAUCGUUGCAACUUUCCCUGUCUCUAUUUGGUUCUGCAUAAAGGUAGUGCGGGAAUAUGAGAGAGUCAUAAUAUUCCGUCUGGGACAUCUUCUUCCAGGAAGAGCCAGAGGCCCUGGCCUUUUCUUUUUUCUGCCCUGCCUGGAUACCUACCACAAGGUGGACCUCCGCCUCCAGACUCUAGAGAUUCCUUUCCAUGAGGUGGUGACAAAAGAUAUGCUCAUAAUGGAGUUAGACGCCAUCUGCUACUAUAGGAUGGAAAAUGCUUCUCUGCUCCUAAGCAACCUUGCCCAAGUGUCCAAAGCAGUCCAGCUGCUGGUACAAAUCACCAUGAAGCGUCUCUUGGCCCAUCGCUCCUUCACUGAAAUUCUCCUAGAAAGGAAAAGCAUUGCCCAAGACACAAAGGUGGCUUUGGAUGCAAUCACAUGCCGCUGGGGAAUCAAAGUGGAGAGAACGGAAAUUAAAGACGUACGACUACCUGCAGGCCUCCAGCAGUCACUGGCUAUAGAAGCUGAGGCUCAAAGACAGGCCAAAGUGAGGAUGAUCGCUGCUGAAGGGGAGAAGGCUGCCUCAGAAUCCCUUAGGAUGGCAGCUGAGAUACUCUCAGGCAGUCCAGCCGCUGUCCAACUUCGCUACCUUCACACCCUACAAUCCUUGUCCACAGAGAAGCCAUCCACUGUAAUCCUACCUUUACCAUUCGAUCUCAUGAAUCUUUUGCCUCCUGCUGGCAACAGAAUGCAAGGAAGCCUCCCCUUACCAAAUCCUCCCAGACAAGCAGAAACACGGGAUCCCUCAAAAAAAGAUUCUCCUAUGUUAUGAGACCCCAAAAGGAUAUAACUAAGAGGCCCUUCCAAACUUGGAGGAUACAACAUUAAGCCAUUUGUUACUGAGUGCUCUUCUGGUCUGUACUCAUUUUGGUUACCACAUAGGCAGAGAGAAGGAGGGGGAGAGGGCCAAGGAGAGGGAGGGAGGGAGGAAGAGAGAGAGAGAGAGAGAGAGAGAGAGAGAGAGAGAGAGAGAGAGAGAGAGAGAGAGAGAGAGAGAGAGAGAGAGAGAGAGAGAGAAGAUUCUCCCUUAUUGAAAAUAAAAUAAAAACGGUGAUGGACAUGUUAUCUAAGAGAUUCCAGUUCAAAAAAAUAGUUCAGACUAGAUGCCUAGUCAGAUACUUCUGCCUCUGAAAUUCUGUGAGUCCAUGUGAUUAGCUUCUUUGGCAGUUUAUUUAAUAUUCACUAAAAAAAUUAGAAGCAAAAUAAUAUAUCUAUAGUUAAGUGGUAUAGUAGAUAAAGCUCUGGACUUGGAAUCAGGAAAACUCAUUUUAUGAGUUCAAAUCCAGCCUCUGAUACUAGCUGUGUGACCCUGGACACAUCACUUAACCCUGUUUGUCAGUUUCCUCAUCUGCAAAAUGAGCUGGAGAAGGCAAUGGCAAACCACACUAGUAUUUUUGCCACUUGAGUCAUGAAGAGUCAGAUGUGACUGAAAUGACUCAACAACAACACAAUGAUAAAGCUGUGGGCCUGGAAUCAGGAUAGACAUGAAUUUUCUUAUCUAGCCCUCAGAUAUUUACUAGCCAAGUGAUACUGGGAAAGUCACUUAAUAUCCAUCUUAAUGUUUUCUCAUCCAUAAAAUGAAGAUAAUAAUAGCACCUCCCUCACUGGGUUGUUGUGAGGAUAAAGUGGGAUAAUAUGUGAAAAGUUUGCUUUGUAAAUUUGAAAGCACUAUAUAAAUGCUAUUAUUAUUGAUCCUAAUUAUUUUUUUUAAAUAGAAGAACAAUCAGUAUCAAUAUGGGGUCACUGAUUACACCUUUUCAGAAUAAUAUUUAGUAUUUUUUAGUGUCUUUUUUUUUUAAACCCUUACCUUCCAUCUUGGAAUCAAUACUGUGUAUUGGUUCCAAGGCAAAAGAGUGGUAAGGGUAGGCAAUGCAGGUUAAGUGACUUGCCCAGGGUCACACAGCUGGGAAGUGUCUGAGGCCAGAUUUGAACCUGGGACAUCCCCUGUCUAGGCCUGGCUCUCAACCCCCUGAGCUACCCAGCUUCCCCUAGUACUAUUUCUUUAAGAGAAAAAAGAUAUGACUUAUGAAUUCGCAAAAAUGAUGCAUAUUGUACUAUUAGCCCCUGAUAAAUACAUUCUGAAAAACUGCCUCUCAAGCAAAUUAUAUAACUUCAAUUUUCAUUUCUGUUGUAAAAUCAGAGAUGCUUAGCAAGGGGGGAAAUGGUCCCAAGGCAUAAUAAAAAUCACACUUUGGAAGAUAGCAAAGCCUUUUAAAGCUAUUUAGAGAAAAAUCAAUAACAUGAUAAAAACCCUCCUAGUAAAGGCAAAAUAAGUAACAAAAUAAACACUGGCAACUUUAAAAUUGCAGACUGUAAGGAAUGCUGGGAGUAGGGGCAAUGCAGGGGUUGAUAACGACCCCCCACUUUGGUUAAGAUGUUCUCAAACUUGAAGUCCUCUCAACACUUCUCACUUUGUAACUAAUGUAAUUACCUUGUGUUAAAGAGUAUUUGAGUCUCUUGACUUGAACUCAUGCUCUAGAUAGCCUUUCUGGGACUAUUGUUCAACUAUAUUUUUGUUGAAAUAAAGUUUUUGUGGGCUGGC